UUGACGAAAGGAAGGAGGACGGAGCCGGGAGAAGUGAAUGGAUCAAUGCACAAAUGAAAGAAAGAAAUUGGCUCCGAGGAAAGACAGCUCCCUCGAUGAGAGAUAAGCGUUAUUCAAAACGCGAUGUACUCAUUAGAAUCCGUAGUGGGGACUGAAGUUGGCAACAAGAAGGGAAAAAGUGGACUUUGAAGUCGGACUACUCCUUCGUUUGAUUUCGUUCUGGGAAGCAGUAAUAGUGCCGUGCAGUGCUUCCAGUUUGAGCUUCUCAACCAGUCCUGUUCUGGAAGGAGUACUUUUACCACAGCACAACAACUGUCGUCGAGAUGCAGGGAGUUUCAACAACUGCAGAGCUCCCUCCCUCCACCGUACAGACUGAGUGUGGACCUGCAGACUCCCUGCUGCUGGGAAGGAUUGCCGCCCACCCCUCCAGACCAUGUCACAGCCAUCUGACUGGCAGGCACUACUCCGAGCCUGCCGCCCCAUCGAGGAGGCCCCCCGUACAGAAACCCCAAGUGCCUCCUAAACCGCCACACCUGCUCGGACAGGGGCCGGAUAACAGGCGCAAGUGGAUCCCUCCCGCCCCGUCUCGGCCACUGCCCGCCACCCCACCCAAGCCCAGCAAGACCCCCACCCCUCAGGGGAGGGGGGAGGAGAAGGAGUCUGCCAAAAGUGUCUGCCUCCUCAUCGAGAAAUUUGAAAACUCCAGAGUGCCAAUACUUGGUGUUCCCUGGAGAGCUCAGCUCCACCUGUCCCUGAGUAUGGACACUGCACUGGACCCCGCCGAGCCCCCAGAGACGCGGCUGGGGACGGGGGACUCCUCCGACGCCUCCCUGGGAGAUAAACUUGCACUUAGCGUCUCGGACAGGAUGGGCGAUGUCACAGACCUCUCCGGGUUCGGCGCCCUGCGAAUCGACGGCGUGGGGGCCGCGGUUGCCGGGGACGAGCGCGGCGGGGGUGCCGGAGACGGCGAUGGCACAGAGGGCUCCUGUGAGCUCAAUGACAAUCAGGCCACGGAGCAGAACGGGAACGGGAAAAUUCCCAACAGGGACAGCGGGAUCGACAGCCCGUCCUGCAACGUGGAGGGAGAGGUGUUCCCCAACGAGGACGCCAUCGACGAGGAGGACCAGAGCGUGACGGAGACCGAGACGGAGCUGGAGAGCGAGGCCAGGGCCGCCAUCGGCAUGGGCAGCAAGAGAGACUCCACGCAGGACGAAGACAGCGACAUGGACGAGGGCAGCAGCGGGGAGCAGGAGGGGACAGAGGGGCUGAAGAGCGAGCAGCCCAGUGAGUCGUCCAAGUGCUCAGAGUCCCAGAAACUCCUCAACAUUGCCAGAGAGCUCCUGCAGACAGAGGAGGCCUACGUCAAGAGGCUCCACCUCCUGGAUCAGGUAUUUUGCACUAAAUUAACAGAAGCUGGAAUUCCACACGACGUGAUCACUGGAAUCUUCUCCAACAUUUCUUCCAUAUAUUGCUUCCACGGCCAGUUCCUCCUUCCGGAGCUGAAGACCCGGAUCACCGACGAGUGGAACUCCAUCCCUCGUAUUGGGGACAUACUCCAGAAGCUGGCCCCUUUCAUGAAGAUGUAUGGGGAGUAUGUAAAGAACUUUGACCGUGCCAUGGAUCUCGUCAACACAUGGACACUGCGGUCCUCUCAGUUUAAGAGCGUGGUUCAGAAUAUCCAGAAACAGGAUGUGUGUGGGAACCUGACUCUGCAGCACCACAUGCUGGAACCCGUGCAGCGCAUACCGCGCUACGAGAUGCUCCUGAAGGACUACCUGAAGAAGCUGCCUGACGAUGCGCUCGACAGGAAGGACGCAGAGAAGGCCCUGGGGCUCAUCUCUACUGCAGCCAACCAUUCCAACGCUGCCAUCAGGAAGAUGGAGAAGAUGAACAAGCUUCUGGAGGUGUACGAGCGACUCGGGGGAGAGGAGGACAUUGUGAAUCCAGCCAAUGAGCUCAUUAAAGAGGGUCACAUCAAGAAGAUGUCAGCCAAGAACGGCACAGCCCAGGACAGAUAUCUGUAUCUGUUCAACAACAUGGUGCUGUACUGCGUGCCAAAGCUGAGGCUGAUAGGGCAGAAGUUCAGUGUCAGAGAAAGGAUUGACAUCGCCGGCAUGGAGGUCCAAGAAAAAGUUAAACACAACUUGCCUCACACGUUUGCCAUCAUCGGGAAACAGAGGUCUCUUGAAUUACAGGCCAGGACUGAAGAGGAAAAGGGAGAUUGGAUUCAGGUAAUCUUGGCCACCAUCGAGAGGCAUAAACAAAACAGCGAGACGUUCAACAAGGCCUUCAACAGCUCCUUCUCACGGGAGGAUGAGCAGCUGCCUGAGUCUCCGGGAUUCUGGAGCAGUACGUCCAUAGACUCAGAUGGAGGCAUACACGAGCGCAAGAGCUCCAGAAAGAAGGAGCAGACGUGUAAAGGCUGCAACGAGAGCUUCCACUCCAUCACCAAGCGCCGGCACCACUGCAAAGCCUGUGGAGCGGCAAUCUGUGGGAAAUGCUCGGAGAUGAAAACCUCGGAUAACAAGACCAGCCGCGUGUGCCGGGAUUGUUUUGGCGGGAUGGGGGGCCAGGGGCCGGAGGGGGCCGUGCCCGCAGGGGAGCAGAGGAAGAAAGCGGCGGUGGAGAAGCAGAACUCGUUGGGAACAGAAAACUGCCUCUUCAGCAGCUAUCUCCAAGUUCAGGAGAAGGGGAAGAGCUGGACCAAAGCCUGGGCGGCGGUCACGAAGACCGAGCCUCUAGUCCUGUACCUGCAGACAAGCGGUCAGGAGGGGCGGGGUGCCCGGGCGAUCUCCCUGCCAGGCUACGAGGUGACCUCCCUGCCAGGGUACGUCUUCAAGCUCUGCCACGGCCAGCAAUCGCUCCAACUCAGUGCCCAGGACUGCGAGUUACAGACCAAGUGGAUGGAGAUUCUUACCCGAGCAGCCAAGGGGGAGGCUCCCUCAGAGACGCCCGUCUGCCUGGCUGAGUUCAGAAAGAGCCAAUAGUGCGGCGCCACUGAGGCCUUUGGACCCUCCCCCGCCCAAGGCCCCGCCCCCACCCUGUGUACAGCACACAUUACUUGAAUUCACUUUACCUUGGCACUUUUAUUUUGUUUUUUUCUUAAGGAACUCCUCCCCCCUGACCCAUCCUCCCAUCAUAUUUGUAUUUGUGGUUUUAUAUAUAUAAUAUUUCUCCGCAGUUUGUGGAGGAAAAUCUUUUGAAUCCUUUUUUUUUGUAUUAUAGCAUAAGAUAAUGUAGAAGGCAUUCAUUAAACUGUGGUUUUUAUUUGUUUCCCCCCACCCAUCUUCUCAGUUACCUGUACAUUGUGCGACCAUUUUGUGAAGCAUUAACCCACGCCCGUGUUUCUGCUCAUGCGUGUUUCAGUAUUGACUCAGUGGUUAAAGCUCCGCAUCCCACCCCAGUCAUCUCAGUGGCUGCUCUGUGAUGAAUGUACAGUGUGAAUAGUGUGUCAUUAGGACCCGAAGCUCCAUUUUAAGUUAUGCAAUGUGAACGUUUGUGGCUGGCCACUGGAUGCUCCCUCUGACACACCCUAACCCCACCCCCCUCUCUGCGAGAUGGCCCCCUCAUUCAUUCACCACGACGACUGCUCCUUGAGGUAUGGUCUCCUGGUGCAGUCGUUUGAAACCAUGGGAACAACAAGUACUGUACAUUACAAUCCCAUGAAUGAGAACAGUCUAGGUGUAGAGGACUUCUACUGUAUGUGCAUGGUAAUCCACGUAUUUAUGUGCUGUCCCUUCAGACAGACUUGUUCAGGUUCCCGUUCUGAAUUGCAUUGUUGUAGUAAAUGAACAGAGUCAGUAUUACAUGUCUAACCAGGACCGUGCUAAUGGAAAAGCAUACAGUGCAGGCAUAUCAUUAAUGCAAAUAAAAAGGCACAUGGAUCACAAAA